CAUGGGAGGCCGCCGGGCGACGCCGGGCCACCACACGCUCGCGGGCGCGUCCACGUCUGCGUCAUCGGCGCCGUGCUCUCCACCACCGCUGCCGCUAUCGCCGCCGCCGCUGCUGCUGCUGCUGCUGCUGUUGCUGCUCCCCGAGCCGUGCCGGGCCCAUGACACUGGCGUUAAUGGGAUGUGGCCGGUGCUGGGCGUGGCGCUGGCGACCUUCCUGUGCCUCUCCAUCUGCUUCUCCUGCUGCAAGGUCUACUUCAUCCGCAGGCGCAUGGAGGACGAGGCGGCAGCCACCAGGGCCAGGGCGGCGCGCGGAAACCUCUCCUCCCCCUACAUCGUGGUGGCGAUGAUCUCGCGGGACUACGAGCGGCAAGCCCGCGGCCGGCCCGGGGAGCGGCCUCUGCGGCCCUUCGUGGCCGGCCGCCCGCCGCGGCUGCCCCCGGACCUGGGGGGCGGGCAGGCGCUGCCGCCGCCGCCGUCCUACCAGGAGGCCACGGCAGCGCCGCCGCCAGUUUUUCCAGACGAACCACCGCCCCGCUACUCGGUGGCCUCAGGGGACGACAGCGCGGCGCCCGUGGCCAGAGGUGACGUCACCAGCACGAGCGGUCCUCAGCAGCAGCAGCAAGGCGGAGGGCCGGUCCGCGUCUGAUCCCACCUGCGAAGCUCUGCCUCAGCAGCGGCGCCUGCGACGUUACAGACUGUGUGUUCUCACGUGGCUUCCGUGUGACUCGUUGAAUAUAAAAAAAGAGACCUGAUAUUUAUUUAGAAAGUUGAAUUUAAAUUAUUAAGUUCCUCUAUUCCUCCUAGUACUCCACUCUAAAUGAGAAUAAUAUAUUUUUUUGAAGGCU